GAGGUGCGGUCGUUAUCUGGCGGGCGGAGGGAGGCCCUGCCCUGGGCCGGGAGCGCGUCAGGGCCCCUCGGGGCUGCGGUGGCCCCGCCUCGGCUCGCCGCGGUGCUCACCUGGGGUGGUUGCUCUUAGUGCCUCUCUCGCCCUCGGAAGGCAAUUUUAAAGCUAAAUACAGCUGUAAUGCACAUUUGUUUGAUGAAGAAGGCAUCACAUUUUCGUACUCCCACUGCAAAAUUAACUGGAUUGAAAAGUAAGAAAAAAGAUGACAGAAAAAGCAAGUGCAGAUGAUUUUCAAGUUCAGGAUUUUCUGAAGAAGAAGAAGAAGAAAAAGAGAAAACACAAAGAAUAUGAUAAGGAACAUGAAAAUGAUGAAAGAGAAAGCAUACAGAAUGCAGAGCUUAGCUCUGUUUCUCUACCUCUGCUUGAAGAGCAAGAAGCACAGAGUGGUGAAGGCUGUAAAAAGAAGAAAAAAAAAAAGAAGCAGGAGAAGGAACAGUCUUUGUUAGAUAAUCCUUGCGUAGAACUGGAACAUGACAUUAGUAAUGAAACUGGAGUGGAUGCUUCCCAAAAGAAAAAGAAGAAAAAGAAGAGGAAGCAUAAUGAUAAUAUGGAUGAGGAAAGUAAUGCUGUAACUUGUAUCGCAGUAAAUCAGAGUAGCUGUGAUAUUUGUCAGGAGAGUGAUGCUGAUUACAUUUAUUUAAAACCUUCUGUGAAGAAAGAAAGAAACCAAAAAUUACCUGAAGAGGGUGAGGUACAUGAGCUGCCUGAAUCCGUUUAUUUAGAACCACCCGUAAAGAAGAAGAAAAGAAAAGAAAAAUUACCUGAAGAGAAUGAGGUACACGAGCUGCCUGAAUCUGUUUAUUUAGAACCACCUGUAAAGAAGAAGAAAAGAAAAGAAAAAUUACCUGAAGAGAAUGAGGUACAUGAGCUGCCUGAAUCCGUUUAUUUAGAACCACCUGUAAAGAAGAAGAAAAGAAAAGAAAAAUUACCUGAAGAGAGUGAGGUACAUGAGCUGCCUGAAUCUGUUUAUUUAGAACCACCGGUGAAGGAGAAGAAAACAAAAGAAAAAUUACCUGAAGAGAGUGAGGUACAUGAGCUGCCUGAAUCUGUUUAUUCAGAACCACCAGUGAAGGAGAAGAAAACAAAAGAAAAAUUACCUGAAGUGAGUGAGGUACAUGAGCUGCCUGAAUCUGUUUAUUUAGAACCACCUGUAAAGAAGAAAAAAAGAAAGAAGAAAUUACCUGAAGAGGGUGAGAUACAAGAGCUGCCUGAUUCCAUUUAUUUAGAACCACCGGUGAAGGAGAAGAAAACAAAAGAAAAAUUACCUGAAGAGGAUGAGGUACAUGAGCUGCCUGAAUCUGUUUAUUUAGAACCACCUGUAAAGAAGAAGAAAAGAAAGAAGAAAUUGCCUGAAGAGGGUGAGGUACAAGAGCUGCCUGAUUCCAUUUAUUUAGAACCACUGGUGAAGGAGAAGAAAACAAAAGAAAAAUUACCUGAAGAGGAUGAGGUACACGAGCUGCCUGAAUCUGUUUAUUUAGAACCACCUGUAAAGAAGAAGAAAAGAAAAGAAAAAUUACCUGAAGAGAAUGAGGUACAAGAGCUGCCUGCCUCAGAAAUACAUGACACAAAUGGCAGUAAAAGAUCAAAAAAGAAGAAGAAGAAGAAGAAAACAUACAGCAGUGCCCUAGAUAUACAAGAAGCAGCAGAUGUAACCAUUGACCAGUCACUGUUGUCACUUGCAGAGCAAAACAGGCAAGGGGAAGACACAGAGCUGCUGUUAGCUACAGAAGCGGAUGGUGUAGCGUCGCCCCAGCAAUGGCACGAAGAUGGUGACUGUGAUGCUUCUGCUGCCAGGAGUGAAGAUUCUAUGGAUGUAUCUGCUAAUUUUUCUGAGCUGACUGAAGCAGCUAAUCAGUCUCCUAAAAAACCUCCAGUGCGCUGUACGAAGAUAAAAAGCAGAGCUUUUAUCACAGACGAAAGUUCUUCAGAUUCUGAUGUAAUGACACCAGAACCCUCAGCAUCAAAUAGAAGGGAGGACCAGAGUAGUUCCUUUACUGAAACAGUAGCCACAGAGGAGGGUAGCCUGGAUGAUGACGAAGAGUACCUGAGCUCUAUCAUGUGUUCAUUCAUAGAUUUGGAUACUGCAAAACAGGAACUGGAAGAGUUUAUUCCUCAUGUGAGGAAUAUAUCGGACAGUUCAGUCAUGAAGAUGGCUGGAAGAGACCUAAGGAGGUUUAAACAGUUUAAAAAACAAGGUAUUGCUGUCAGGUUUGGCAGAUUUUCGGAGCAGGAGAAUGAUCAAAUCCGGAAAAAUAUUGAAGAGUUCUUACAGAUUACUGGCAUAGACAGUGCUGAGAAACUCCUGUUUACCUCGAGGUAUCCAGAAGAGAAAAAAACUAUCAGUCGCUUAAAAGCAGAAUAUCUUUUCUGUGAAAAACUUUCUGAGGGCAUACCACGACCUUGGAGGCUGAUAUAUUAUCGAGCAAGGAAGAUCUUUGACCCAAAUAAUUAUAAAGGGAGGUACACUAAGGAAGAAAAAGAAAAAUUGAAGAAGUAUUAUGCUCUGCAUGGCAAUGAUUGGAAGAAGAUUUCUGAGAUAAUGUCGCGUUCUAACCUCUCAGUUGCUAUGAAAUACUCUGAAAUCAAGUCAGCUGUUAAUUAUGGCCCUUGGUCAAAGGAAGAGACCCAGAAGUUAAUGCGUGCAGUGGAGGAGGUGAUUAGGAAGAGAAUAGAAGUGGAAGAUGGAAAUUCUCUUUCCUUACUGGAAAAGUCAAAUAGAGAGAUCUUAAUUGACCGUGAGAAACUGUACCAGAAAUUACCGUGGUCUGAGAUUGAAACUAAAGUGGGAACUCGAUAUUGGAGACAAUGUAAACAGAAAUGGAGUACAAUUUUAAUAAACAAGAUGAACAAAGGGCAGCAGUUAUAUAGGGGGACCAAAGGAUUACAAGCCAAGAUCAAUCUUAUUAAAAGGUUGUAUGAAAUGAAUGUGGAGGAUCCUAAUGAAGUAAACUGGGAAGAACUCAGUGGUGUUAUUGGAGAUGUCCCUAGAGCCUAUGUUCAAGGAAAAUUUUAUAAGCUAAAAGUCUCCUGUGUCCCUUUAUGGCAAAAAAGGACUUUUUCUGAAAUUAUUGGUUAUCUUUAUGAAAAGAAACUUCCAGAACUUGAAGAAAGGCUUGAAAAAGAGAAGGGGAAAAACCUUAGUCCUGACAACCCAGCACCUGGGCAACAGAAGAAGGCUUUCCGACUCAGUGAGAUUUUUGACUCCAGUGAAGAGAGCGAUUAACCGACUGCCCUAAAGACAGUUCCUAGCGUGCACAUUGAACUGCAAAAUGGAUCUGGUUGAAAGUGGUUGGAAGCACAAACCAACAACUGCAGGUACACAGGAUAUCUAGUGAUGAAGAAAGUAAAGAUACACAUGUCUGAUUUUCUUGUUUCAUAUUGAAGACAGGUAAAUACAGGUUUUGUGCCAUCUUUUAUUAGAUUAAAUUAACUCUGGGUUUAGAAGGCUCUAUUUAAGCAUUCGACUUUCUUUCUGAAUGUCUCAAAACCAGUAUUUUUCUACUACUCUGUUUUCUAUGGAGUUGAAAGCUGCUCUUUAGCCUUUGUGCAUGAACUUGGUUUUCAGAACUUUAAUAGAUUUUAAGUAAUUUUGAAAUAUCAUGGACUUGAGAAAGGACUUUCGGUUUGCUUUUAAAUCUCUGUAAUAAACAAAUCUUAAAACAUCUGUUUUAAUGGUAAGAGCACAACUUUGAGUUGUUUUGGGUUUUUUUUAACAGGUAUCUUGUUCUAAAAGUGAUUUUUAUUUUUGAUGUAGGCUUACACUUUAGCCCUUGUAGAGAAAAGGGACUUUUAUCCAUUGCUAUUCAUAAAUUGUGAUGUUGUUUCAUGCGAACCAGAACAAUGCAUUUAAAAUGUUUUUGUUAAUAUUUGGAAUACAGAGGCAAAAUAGUGAGUGUGUAUAUAUGUAUACAGACAUAUAUAUUUAUUUUUAUUGUGCCAAGGAGAGUUUCUACAUUUUAAGAAGAAAUUGAAGGAUAAGAUGAGGUUGUACUUGUGGUUUUGUAUGAUACUUCUAACUAUCUGCCUAGAAUCAUUAUUUGUGCAUUGACUGAGUGAAUGUAAAAAAACCAACCCAAAAAUCUUACUGUGCCUCUAAAGUAUUUGUACGGUUUGUUUUAUAUUUCCUAUAUGAUGUAUUAAAAAGUAAGGCUGGAGGACUUGGUCUCUGGCAUACUACCUUUUGAUGGUCAUUUGGAUAACUGAGAAUUUAAUAACUAUCAUUGAAAAUGCAGAGCUUUCAAUGGUGUGAAAUAAAGGCCUAGUUGGAGGUUCUUCUGGACUAUGACUUGUAGCAAAGGGUGUUGAUUGAGAACUUCACAUGUUUAACUGUGUCUGGCUUUAGUCUCUCUGAAGAUACAAACCAGUGUGAUUUUUGUGAGACAGGCAGGACACCCCAGGAGAUCAGCCACUGGUGGAAGGGUAAGUUUUCCAGCCAGGAAAUGAAAUGGGGCUGGCAGGUUGGGAGGAAGGAAACACAUACCAGCUCCCUUGAACUUAGGUCUUUGACUUGCUUUUGUUGCCUUGCAGGUUUGAAGGUUAAAAGCUGAAGAACUAAGUGGUUUGUAUUUUUUGAGUUGUUUCUUUUUCCUGGAAGAUGGAGAUCCUCCAAAUCUGUCUGCAUGGUCAUAUUGUUUGUAGAGUAGACCUCACAGAAAUAAACUUCUACCUCCAUGACAA